UUUUUUUUUCCCCUGACAUGAAGAAGGAAACCGAGUGAGUAUUUGCUCUCUGUGCUUGUGAAUAGUGGUCCCGAAAACCUUUUGAGUCGUUUCGCUUGACUGAGAAAGUGGAAGUGGCAGAAUUUAGCUGUGAAAAAUUACUGGAGUUAGGUUACCAUGUGGCGUUGUUGGAUGCCCUUCAUCUUGGCCUGGGUAUCCAUGGCAACCCCAACGCUCUGCCAAAGUGGGGAUGGUGAUUGGGGUUCAGGCUUUGACAUUUAUUCAACCAUAAUGGCCACCAAUGACACAUCGCAAGCAGCUGGUGAUGAGCCUGCAAGGUUGAAAAACAACCAUGACUGGAUCACAUCAGCAACAUUUUCACCAUCACCCUCACCUACGCUGCACUAUGAGCCCCAACCGGACAAGUGCUCGGUCCACUUCAGCACUAACACUGCUUCAGCACGGAGGCUUAAGGCCCAGAAAGAGGAGCUGGCUUAUCUGCAGGCCAUCCAGCAUGGAAACAAGGCAGUGAUGGAGAACUUGGUGCAGUUUGUGGAGGCAGAGCUGGGAGAACAGCGUUAUGAGGAUGUGAUCAAGGAAAAUGUCAUCGGCAUCCAUGAGGACCACAAGAGCUGCCACGAGGUGGUAGAGAAAGCUGAAGAAGAUCUAGAGAAGCAGCUGGAGGGAGACGUGUUGGACGCCAUUUCUGGGAUGCAGAAAAUCAGAGAGGAGUCCUUGGCUUUUGAAGAGAUGCUUCGUGCUGCAGCAGACAUUGCCAACAGACUAGAGAGCUCAUCACAGGCCCUGCAGGCCUCAUUCACCAAGCAGCUGAAAGACAUAAUCAAAAUCCAUCACUAA